CUUUCUGUAUACACACACAGUCUCCUACUCUCUCUCACACUCUCAUGAGGCAGAAGUAGUAUACACACAAUCUCCUCUCUACGUUCUCUCUCUUCUUCUUCUGCUCCAAAUACAGGGACAGGGAGAGAGACAGACACACAAACACACAACUACACCAGCCUAGCUAGCCAGGGAGGGGGAGUGGCAAGAUCAUCAUUCAUCACCAGAAUACAAUAAUAUACACAGAGAAAGCAAUAAAUAGAAUAGAGAGAGAGAGAGAUCUUGAGAUUUGCACCUCUGAAGAGAUCUUUGCGGAUCAGGGUGAUUUAAAAGCAAAGGCGGCGAGAAUUAAAACUGGGUUUUGUUUUUGUGUGUGUGCGUGUGUUUUUUAUCUUUGAAUUUUUUUGGUAGAGAGGGGUUGGUUGGUGUGUAUGUCUGUAAGCAUCAUCAAUGUCAUCAUGAAGGAAAGGAAAAGCCUUUAAAAGCCUUAUUAAUAUUGGAAUUGAAUUUGUCUCGAGAUUCGCGGCACAGGAGGAUGUGGUUGUUUCUUUGUGCUUGUAUUGGAGUCAAAAAUGAAAAACGUGUUCUGGGUGUAGAGAGAGAAAGAGACUCAGAAAGCUGCGUUUCUUGUCACUGUUGUAAGGAAUUAGAAUUUUGGAGAGAAGAGAAAGUUGUGGGCAGUAUUGUUGGGGUUGGGUUUUGAAGGUGGUUGGUUAUGUAGAGUGGUUUUUUGGGUGAUUUUUCAGUGGCAUUUUUGUGGGUUGUUUGUAUUUUGGGAAGAAAAUGAAGUUUAUGAAGUUGGGAUCAAAGCCUGAUGCGUUCCAUGCUGAUGGAAACUCUGUCAGGUAGUUAUGUCUUUUUCUUGGGUUGUUUGCGUUGGGUUGUAAUUUGUACGGGGCACACAUGCGGUGGUCCAGGUAUGUGUCAUCUGAACUGGCAACAGAUGUUAUCAUAAAUGUUGGUGAAGUGAAGUUUUACCUUCACAAGUUCCCUCUCUUAUCAAAGAGCAAUUGCUUACAAAAGCUUGUACUGAAAGCCAACGAGGAAAAUUCUGAUGAAAUUCAUUUGGCUGACUUUCCUGGUGGUCCUAAAGCCUUUGAAAUUUGUGCAAAAUUCUGUUACGGAAUGACUGUCACUCUCAAUGCAUACAACGUUGUGGCUGCCCGUUGUGCAGCGGAGUACCUUGAGAUGACUGAGGUUGUUGACCGAGGAAACCUGGUUUUCAAAAUCGAAGUUUUUCUCAAUUCUAGUCUUUUCCGUAGCUGGAAAGAUUCCAUCAUUGUUCUGCAAACUACUGAAUCUUUUCUUCCAUGGUCUGAAGAUCUGAAGGUAGUUGGUAGGUGUAUAGAUUCCAUUGCAUCUAAAACUUCUGUAGACCCAUCAAAUAUCAACUGGUCUUAUACUUAUAACCGGAAGUUAUUGGUGCUCGAUAGAAUAGUUGAGAAUGGGAUGAAAUUCCAAGAAAAAGUUGAAUCUGUUCCAAAGGAUUGGUGGGUUGAAGAUAUAUGUGAAUUGGAUAUUGACCUCUAUAAGCGCGUUAUGGUUGCUGUGAGGUCAAAGGGAAGAAUGGAUGGGAAUGUGAUUGGGGAGGCACUAAAGACUUACGUAAUGAGGUGGUUGCCAGAUUCUGUCGAUGCUUUGGCUUCUGAAGCUCAUAGUAGGAGGAACAAAUCUUUGGUUGAAACGAUAAUUUGUUUAUUGCCUUCUGACACUGGCGUGUGUUGUUCUUGUAGUUUCUUGCUCAAAUUAUUGAAAUUUUCCAUUCUGGUUGGAGUAGAUGAUACGCGGAGGGAAGAUUUGAUAAAGAAGAUCAGUCUGAAGUUGGAUGGGGCUUGUGUUAAUGAUCUAUUGAUCCCUGCGAGGCCUCCCCAAACUACAAAAUACGAUGUUGAACUUGUUCUGUCUCUUGUAAAUCGAUUUAUGAUACAUGGGAAACGUUGCUGGGAUUUGGAUAUUGCUGAGAAGAAUGAGAAAAUCACUGGUGAUUUUGUUUUAGGGCAUGGGUCCUUGUUGAAUGUUGGUAAACUGAUUGACGGGUAUCUUGCAGAAAUUGCUCGUGAUCCAAAUCUUACUGUGUCCAGUUUCAUUUUAUUGUCACAGUCAAUUCCUGAAUUAGCCAGACCAAUUCAUGAUGGAUUAUACUGGGCUAUAGACAUCUAUCUCAAGGAACACCCGAACUUGACAAAAGCGGAAAGGAAGAAGAUUUGUGGGCUGAUGGAUGUGAAGAAAUUGACGAUGGAUGUAUCAAUGCAUGCAGCACAGAAUGAGUUCCUCCCACUCCGAGUUGUGGUACAAGUUCUAUUCUUCGAGCAAGUUAGAGCAGCAGCUUCAGCAGUUCAAGCUCCUCGGGAGAAUUUACAUUCGGUGACUAAAACUGAAGAAGAAUGGGAGAAGAUGGUUCCGGAAGAAGGCAAUUCGGAUUCCCUUGGGAAGCAGAUGAGUCAAAUGAAGAUAACAGAUGGCGGGGCCCCCAAAAAUGGGAAGUUGAUUAAGAAGGGUAGCAAAAGCCGAGGAAGUGGUGUGAAGUUGCUCCCGUCUAGGUCAAGGAGAAUCUUCGAUAAGUUAUGGGUAGUCGGCAAAGGGCAUGGGCACGGGGAGAAUAGGAGCUCUGAGACAUCGGGUAGUUCUCAAAGCCUGACUACAAUGAUUCAGGGAGAGACGACCAAGUCCUCUGGUUCAUCAUCAAGGUGCAGGAGGCAUUCGAUCUCAUAGAUUGGUAUUUUCGGGUCCAUUUAAACUGCCCAAAUCGAUUUUUACUGCUGAAAGUAUUAAAAAAGUUGCUAGGGAUUUUACGGUAGUUGGAGGGUUCUGUUGCAACAGAAUCGUAGUAGUUUCCUGGGUGGCUUUUGUUUUUCUUGUAUCUGUUGCUGUCAAUUGUACCAUUAUCUCAAUCCAUAUAUAAUAUAUAUAUAUAUAUAUAAAUUUCUUCUA